CUCAGAAGGAUCAAAGGAGUCAAACUUUCGCCGACACUCACGUAUGUGUCAGAUCCCUCCGCCUAAUUGACUCCCGGUGUGAGCCGCUGCACCUGCCUCCACGCUGCGUCUCCCUCCGCCUGCGAACGGCCGCAUCACCACCUCCUCCUCCUCCCGCGAAGCAGAGCGGAGCGUCUCUCUCCUCCGGCUCCAGCUGUGUAUGUCUGCGAGGGCUGCUCAGCGCCGGUGGGCACAUACCGUCAUCGAUGCUCUCCACGUAACGUGACAAAUUUCACACAACUGCAUUAAGAAAUACGACCGAAGCAAUGGGAGCGUUUGGAGUGAUAGUAGGGAUUUUACAGUACGCGGGACUUUACGUUCAACUUAACGCGGCUCUCCACGACGGACACGCAGAGGUGGAUAAUCACGUCUCUGGAAAUGCUCUCUUCACAGAGGUCCCACACGACAUCACGACGCACAGCGGCGAGGAUGUAGAGAUGGCCUGCUCCUUCCGCGGGGCUGGCUCUCCCUCCUACUCCCUGGAGAUCCAGUGGUGGUACAUCAAGGAGCACAGAGACUGGCAAGACAAGCCUGCCCGCAUCACCAAUAAUGUCGUGUCCCUGGAGGAGACGUCCAGAGAGGCCACGAAAAUUAGCGUGGUGAAAGUGGCAGGAAGCAACAUCUCCCACAAGCUGCGCCUCUCCAGCAUCAAACCGUCGGACGAGGGCACGUACGAGUGCCGCGUCAUCGACCACAGCGGCGCCGUGCCGCAGCACCACCGGGUCCGGGCCUACCUCCAGGUCGAGCCCGAGAGGAGUCAGGGGUCGGGUGACGCCCAGCGGCAGGAGGGGGGACACCGGUCGCAGAGGAACCACCCGCGCUCCUCCUCCCCCCGGCAGACAGAGGAGGGCAGGGAUCUGAAGAAGAGAUCGACAGGCAGCGCCACUGACUGUAAUGACAGCUGUGUGCUUUAGAGCGAGCGACGUACCGGCCGGCCUGCAUGUUCACGACGUCGCGUCUGCGAAGGGGGACGUUCAUAAGCACACAUAAACAUCGGUCUUAACUGGACCUUUUUUUGUGUUUCCCAGUUUGAUUGUCUCUCUUUAAUAUUGUUGUUUGGAUGCCAGUACCGCUGAAUGCCAGUAGAGGGGGGUGUUUGCUCUCGUUGUUUUUCUCUCGUUCGUUCUCCGUGCUUUUUCACUGUUGCAUUCGGUUGAUGUCGAUGUGACAGUAAAACCGCAGUUUACUGUAAAAUACUUUGUCAUUUUUAUCUCAGAUGUCACAUUGUGUUAAACGGAUAGAGGUGGACACAGGGCGGAGGAUUUCAUUCACUUCACUUUUACCAAAACACACGUCCAAGGCUGCAGUAUUUCACUGUAAAUGCUUUCUAAGGAAACAAGAAUUGCUUAAGCUCAUCUUUUCAAAGUUAAGGUUUUAUUAAUUUUAACAUUUAACUUUUUAACUAAACCAGAAAAUGUCUAUCAGUGCAAACGUAUUUAUCACAUCACGGCUAUAUAGAAACUUUUACUCUCAUGGCUAAAACAAAUUUACUCAUUGCUGCCGCACCAGAUUAAGCAUCUACAACUAGUUACUAAAUUUUUCCACUAUUUUGUGCCCAUUGUGUCACUUCUUCUUGUCAAAACGCUUAAGUAGCACGUCAUCUUACUCUCACUUUUUGACUGUGUUCGUUGUUAGUGCUGCUGUUCUGUAUUUGUUCCGUUAAAUACAUUUAUUUGAAAUGA